GUUGUGUAGGAAAAAUGGAGGACAAUUGUGCAAUUAAGAAAGAUGUCACUGAGUUAAUAGGAAAUACCCCGAUGGUAUAUCUCAACAAUGUUGCGGAUGGCUGCGUAGCCCGCAUCGCUGCCAAGCUAGAAAUGAUGGAACCUCUUUCCAGUGUUAAAGACAGGAUUGGACAUAGCAUGAUCAAAGAUGCAGAAGAUAAGGGCCUUAUUACGCCAGGCAAGACUGUGCUCAUUGAGCCUACCAGUGGUAACACUGGCAUUGCAGUAGCAUUUAUUGCUGCAGUGAAGGGGUACAAGGCUAUCCUCAUAAUGCCAGCGACAAUGAGUCUUGAGAGAAGAAUUGUGCUGAGAGCUUUAGGAGCCGAGGUGUGCCUCACAGAUCCAGCCAAGGGCUUUCAAGGGGUUCUUGACAAGUCUGAUGAGAUUUUAAAUAAUACUCCCAAUGGCUAUAUGCUUCGGCAAUUUGAAAAUCCUGCCAAUCCACAGAUCCAUUAUGAAACCACAGGCCCAGAAAUAUGGAAGGACUCGAGAGGGAAAGUCGAUGCAUUUGUUGCUGGUAUAGGGACCGGUGGUACAGUAACUGGAGCUGGGAAGUUCCUUAAAGAGAAAAAUCCAGAGAUUAAGGUGUACGGUGUAGAACCAACAGAAAGUGCAGUCUUGAAUGGAGGAAAACCCGGUUCACAUUGGAUCCAAGGAAUCGGUGCUGGUGUUGUCCCUCCUGUAUUGGAUGUUGACUUACUUGAUGAAGUUGUUCAAGUGUCAAGUGAGGAAGCCAUUGAUACAGCUAAACUGCUUGCCUUGAAUGAAGGUUUGCUGGUAGGGAUUUCAUCUGGUGCUGCAGCAGCCGCGGCAAUAAAGGUGGCAAAGAGGCCAGAAAAUGCUGGGAAACUCAUCGUCGUGAUUUUCCCCAGCGCUGGCGAGCGCUAUUUGUCUUCUGUGCUGUUUGAUUCCGUUAGGGAAGAGGCAGAAAAGAUGACCUAUGAUACUUGAGAUGCUACACAAAUUUUGGAGAACACUGCUUAUAAUUUCUGUGUCAAUGGGUCAAAAAUAAUCAAAUUGCUGCCCACUUGUUCGAAUCAUAUUCUUAGCUGCAACAUGAACUGGAAAUCAGAAGACAUUGAUUAGUGACAUUUCAAAUGAUUUUUCAUGAUGAUAUAAAACUGUUGUUGUACCA